CCCUUCCUCCCGCCUCCCCGCCCCCGGCUCCGCAUCGCCGCGGCCGGAGCACACGCCGCCCGCCCGAGGAUGCUCCGCGCUUUUGUUCCCCCGCCGCAGCCUUUGGGAGGACUCUCGUCCUGACUCGGUGGAGGUUCCGCUCCCUCUUCCCCCAGCCCCUGAUCCCUCCUCGGCGCGGCAGCCCACCCAGGAGGGCAUCAGUAUCAGCCCUCUCCGGUGCGCCGGGGAAGUUGCUGACAUGCCUGCCGCUGGGUCCCGGUGCACCGGCAGCGGCGGGGAGCCGGAUUUAAAGGGGAAUUGUGCUGCAGACAAUGCACAGCAGGAGCAUCUGGAGCAGCCCUGGGGACCGGAGCUCCGGUUUUGACAUUGCUGCACACACAGCACCAGCCGCAAUGACAGCAGCUGCCUGGAGUGGCUGCAGGCAGCAGGCAGGAGCAUGAAGUAGAGAGAUCACUGCAGUGCUCAAGAUGAACUCCUCUUUGGUUGGCAACCAGAGUGGCCGGCCCUUCUGUCUCCUGGCCAUUAGCUAUUUGGAGACCAUCAAUUUUUGCCUCCUGGAAGUGGUUAUUAUUGUGUUCCUCAUGGUGCUGAUUAUUUCGGGCAACAUUAUUGUGAUAUUUGUCUUUCACUGUGCACCUCUGCUGAACCACCACACCACCAGCUACUUCAUCCAGACUAUGGCGUAUGCUGACCUCCUGGUGGGCGUGAGCUGUCUGGUGCCUUCUUUGUCUCUGCUGCACUAUCCUAUUGUUUUAAGUGAGUCUUUGGUUUGCCAAAUCUUUGGUUAUGUGGUAUCAGUGCUGAAGAGCGUCUCCAUGGCCUCCCUGGCCUGCAUCAGCAUUGACAGAUACAUUGCCAUCACGAAGCCCCUGACCUACAACACGCUGGUUACCCCGUGGAGGCUGCGAAUCUGCAUAUUGACCAUUUGGCUCUACUCCUGCCUGGUCUUCUUACCCUCCUUUCACUGGGGAAAGCCUGGAUAUCACGGGGACGUUUUCCAGUGGUGCGCCAAUUCCUGGAACACCGAUCCCUAUUUCACCCUCUUCAUUGUGGUGAUGCUCUACGCCCCGGCCGCUUUCAUCGUCUGCUUCACCUACUUCAACAUCUUCCGCAUCUGCCAGCAGCACACCAAGGAGAUCAACGAGCGGCGGGUGCGCUUCAGCUCGCAGGACGGGGAGGCUGGGGAGGCCCAGCCCUGCCCGGACAAGCGCUACGCCAUGGUCCUCUUCCGCAUCACCAGUGUCUUCUACAUCCUGUGGUUGCCCUACAUCAUCUAUUUCCUGCUGGAGAGCUCCAAUGUCUAUAGUAACCGCGUCGCGUCCUUCUUGACCACUUGGCUUGCCAUUAGCAACAGUUUCUGCAACUGUGUCAUUUACAGUCUCUCCAACAGUGUCUUUCAGAAGGGGCUGAAGCGUCUCUCGGGGGCCAUUUGUGCCUCGUGUGCUAGACAGAGGGUAGCUAAGGACUCCUCUACCUCUAGGAGCAAAAGAUCUUCCAAUGGAUGUCAUGUCUAGGACGCCUGUCAGCUGGACUGGGAAGUGCAGGGACAAUUGCGUAGAUUGCAAAAUAACUUAGAUAGGAUUUUAAGAUAUCCAGAUUUGCAAAAAGGUUUCUGAGAAAUGCUGCUGACAUAGGAGGAUCAGGAGCACAUAGCGUUGUGGUUUCACUUUAAAAAAUGAUUGCUGUGGAGGAGGCUGUGGAGUUUCACCUCCACAUUCAUUUUAAAGAAUAAAGCUGUAUCUUGACACUUACCUCUCCAGCUGGUGUGACUGAAUGGAGUGGGUGUCUGAGAGCUUCGGCAAAAUGUAGUCUUUCUUACAGCUUUACUGGGUUCUUUGGAGAUUCGUGCUUCACAUGUAAAUGAUAGAUCUGAAGUGGAAAUGUCACAGUCUAUGGUAUAUUACAGGGAUUUUUUUAAUAUAUGCCAAAGUAUAUUGACACAACGUUCCAGCGUCAGAACAGAAGGGGCCAAACAAUUUGUUUUUCAGUGCUACCUAGACAGGACUUGUAGAGCAGGAGUUGAACAAUGUGAACAUUUCAGUGUGAACUCUGUUAAUGAGCCGUGAGUGCAGCGAUGUGGUCUGGGCAGUCAUACUCUUAGGGCUGAGGUGGCUUCCGUGCCCAGUUUCCCUGGUAGGAUGCAUGUUUGGAUCAGAGUGCGGCAUCUGUGUUUUCCUGUUUGUUGUGAAGUAAGAAGAAAAACUUGGAUCAGACCAAAUUUAGCAGUUAAAUAAAAUGUAUUUUGAUAAGCUAAGAGAAAAUAUGUGUUGCUUUAUGAUACCAGAGUUGUGGCAGCCACUCAAAGAUGAUGCCAACAUGUGAAAAUUGUUCUCAAACCAGUGGAGAAAUGCCGCGGGUUUGUAUGUGGAAAUUUUCUCAAGAACAACUUUAAAAAUAACAUGUCCCUUUUUUUUUCUUUUUUUUUUUUUAAUCUAAAUUCUUCUGAUAUUUUACAUACUGGAACUUAAGGGGAAAGGAAAGAAAACAAUUGUCUUCUAAACAGCUAAGGGAACUAUGUUGUAAAUUUAACUGUAGUAUUUGAGUUAUUCAUAAGUGCACAGAGCUAAAUCAGAGACAUUUUUCUUUAGCCUUCAUGGGAUUAAAGAUGGUUCAAAUAUAGCAGGAGCUAAAUCCUGUUGGCAAAAGCAUAUCUAACUGGUCAGACAAAGGCAAUAUCUGAGGAACCAGAUCUCAUUGAACACAGCUUGUUCAAGCUAGCCUACAUUAAAUGUUUUGAGUACUGUCAUGCUGUUAAGAAGGCAGAAUGGCCCUCAAAUUGUUGAGUUUUUCCUAGAGAAUAUCCUUGUCUUUUUACUGAUGCCAUUUUGGAAAUGAAGAUGAAGCAAGUAUUCCUGUAGUGGUGGAUUGCAGUGUCCCCCUGUCCUGGAGCAGAGCUGUCCCUCUGUCUCUCCUGCUCUCACAGCAGGUUGUGCUGUGCCCCUGACCAUCCACCCUCUGUGCCCCUCCUUGUGCUUCCAGUCACUGCCUUGGGCUGCUGAGUGGGGAGUUCCCUGAGCUCCUCUGGUACAGCUGGUGUGCUCUUAGUCACAGUGGGAAUGCAAAAAAGGAUAGGGAAAAAUAAUGUGAUAUUUUUAGAAUUGGGGUAAUUCUGUUGGCCAAAGGGAAGGCUCUGUUUAUGUUAAAUGAUUUCAAGUCUGUGUUGUUCUAGAUCAAGAUCAUAUUUUUAAUACUCUGCCCUGUCCCUCCUGAAAUUCCCCCGUCCUCUGUGCAGUGCUGUGAGCCCUGGCCUCUCCUCUCUAUGCCUUGCCCUGGAGGAUACCAGCUUGUCUCUGCCCCAUCACAUGCCACGAUUGCCACAGCCCGGCCCCGCUGCCCGUCCACAUUUGCUCCAGUGCAGUCUCGUGGGGCUGCCAGUGAGGAAAUGGGGAAGGAGAGAGAGAGAGCAGCAGGAUGAAGCAUUCCUGGCAUGGCAUGUAAUUGUCAGCACUCAGUGCUGGUGCACUUGAGUUCCUCUCCUGGAUGUGUGCGUACCUGUUCAGGGGAGGAUGGGGCAGAACCCCCUGCUACUGCUGCCUCCUUCUGUUGGAGGGCCCUGGGGCAAAGCAUUUAAGUGGCAUCUUGAUCAGCUUCCAGCGUAUUUCAUCUCAAGAUAAACAUCCUCUUUAGUUCAUCUGAAAUUUUAAGAGCACAGGUUGUCUAAACCCUGCUGCCUUCACGCCACCAUUUCUUGCUCUGCUUGUAGUAAAGAGCAGAGAGGGGCUUGUGCUGGGUCCUCGCAGACACGCCCGGGGUGGUUUGCUCGGCAGAGCCCUCGCAGUCGGAGUUUUGGUUAGACACAGCCAGCCGUGGGGGUAGCACAGGGGUGGAGUGACUCACUUGGAAAAGAAGUGGGAUAAUAAGCUCACAGCACAUUGUGGCUGAUUGUCUCAGGCGCUCUGUGGGUAUGAUGGCAAAGGUGGGCUUCGGGGAACAAUUCAAGGGCUUUUGUCACUCAUAUCAAAGUGUGUGUGUGUGGUAUUCUUGGAACAGCCUCUCAGGUAAACUCCCCGUAGCCUUUCUCUGGCUCUUCACCUUAUCUAACAUUUCCAAGUCUUUGAAAUGAUGCAGUGUGUCAUUGAAAUAGCAUUUGAUUAAACUUAAUAGAAGAGAAGAAUCUGCUGGGGCCUAAAACCCUAGAAACGGCAGUUUCAGGUGUAAGUGGAAGCUGGAAAGAUUGUUGCUUUUGGGGUUUUUUAUAGCUAAAUGGAGGGUUUAAACAGGAGCAUUGUGGGCUAGUUUUUGAGAAUUGUGAAAGAUUUUGAAACUGGUAAGGGGUCUAAAUCAUGGCAUAGAGAUUUAACUGGAGCUGAAGCAGUCAUUCUUUCAGCCCUGAGCCUGGAAUUGCACUUGGAGCAUGGUGGCUGAUCCAGAUGCAGAUGCAUUCUUGCAGCUGUUGCUGCUUUGCAGCAAAGGUUCACUUCUAACAUUCCUGACAGCCAGGCUGUUUUCAGUUGCCUUACUCAUCUCCAAGUCUUCCUCAGCUCGGACGUUUUCUGUAAGAGGUGAAAAUCAGAAUCUGGAAGUCUCCAAGAGAUAAGGAUGAAGAGGAGUUGCAUCCAAUUGAUGCAUUCAGGUUUCAUCCACUAUACAGACACUUCUAGUGUUGCCUCAGUAGCUUAGUUUUAGUGUCAAAUAUUUCUCUUUUUGUCUCUGUUAAUUUAUUGAUAUUUUAAAAAUUUAAAUUACGUUUUUUCCCUCUUAAGUUAAUGUUGAUGUAGCACGUGUUUAGACGUUUUAAGUAUUUGUAACCUUUGAGUCUGUUGUCUUCAGUGAAAUUGCAGGGGGUGAAUUCUGUUCACUGUGCCAACGGUGGGAAAAAUAAUUAUGACAAACAGGACUUUGUUUCUCAGCAGUGCAUUGAACACCUUUGGUUGUGCACACAACACAGGCACAGGGAUCCUUCCCAUCACAAUCCAUGCUAGGAGUGGUCAGGCAGCAAACUUCCCAGCUGGAUCAUUUUCAUCCUCCACACAUGAAAUGAAUCCACUUCUGGCUCUCUUUGUGUCUGGGUGCUUUGGAAAUCUGUGGUGAGAGCAUUGCACAGAUAAAUGCCAUGCUCAGGAGAGGACAGAAAUCAAAUUGCAUCUUCAUAAAAAUGGGGUUGUGAUAUGAUUAAAUGAACUAAUUUUGAAGUUCCAUCUCAGACUAUAAAUUUAUUUUUUAUUAGAGUUUAUCUGCCUCGCUUUAAAAUUAAGCUGCUGGAAGGUUCAAUUUGCAAGAUGCAAUUCAGUGGCUUUUUUUAGUGCCAUGGGAAGGAUUUCUAU